GAUCAUACUCAUCAUCCCCAUUCUACCAACCACCAUCUAUCAUCAUAUCAUGGGCUCCGUCCAGUCCUCACAAGCCUCCUCGCACCACGGUUCUAAAUCGAGCCUCCAUCUCAAAGAGACUUACCGUACCGACAAACCCUCGAAAUGGCAACCAUACAUCAAGUCACAGUCGCAGCCAAGCACCCACAAGACGCAUUGGUGGAGCGGUGUUGGUUCUUCGAAGCAGGUUCUCGGAUCAGCGUAACGUCUCGGAACAAGACAUCGAUUGAGAGAAGGGGGCCAGGAAAUUGUAGAUAUUAUCAGUCAUUGAGAGCAGUAGGGGUGUACGAGUAGGGCUUACGAAUGGCUGAACGCAUCGAGCGUCACAGCGCAGUUCGUUAUGGACAGUUGUAUCAUCGCCAUGGUCAUCAUCUCCCACAACAAUAUCAUAUAAUGGACAGCUUUUCUAUCGU